AUGACGUAGAGUCGAGCCGUUGGGAAUCCAGCUCCCUCGUAAAAAGUCAUGAAAUAGGGUUUAAAUGAAGAGUUAACAAAUAUCUACUAGAAACUAUUUAUAAGUAACUCAGGAUUAUCUUUUGAUAUGGCUCCUAAACCGAAACAGAAGAAAGCUACUACUUCGAAGACUGCGCAAAUCGGCGGGGAAAAAGGCCUAACUUUCCCGGCAAAGUCUCGGACUCAAGUUGGAUCUCCUCCCGGCGAAGUGCAUGCCAGUUCUGAUGAUGCGGGACAGGAAGUUGCAGCAAUGUCGGCGGUCUCUAAGAAGAAACGUUCUGGCAGAGUCCGAUGGGAAUCCGGUUACUCGUCGAGUGGUGAAUGGGGCACUGGGACAGUCAGUCACUUUGCCAGGAAACGUACCAGGAGAAAGCAUUUCAACCAUUACUUGGGACUACAUAAAUUCACCUAAUCAAAAAAAGUUUCCAUUAUGUGAGAAAUAUCCAAACAAUCCAAUAAAAUGUUACAGAGAGAGGAUCACGUUAAACCCGGAGGACUACAGCCUGGAAAUACAGAACCUAACAGACAGUGACAAAGGUUUCUAUGUAAUUAAAGCAAGGGUGGGUGGGGCUCUCCAUGAAGAAGUGAUGAAACUGGAAGUUCAUGAAAGCAUGUCAAAACCUGUAAUAAAUACCGUCCAAUUCAUCUCAGAUGAAGUAUGUAACAUCAGUUUGCACUGUUUACUGGAGCGUGGCUCGGAGCCAGUUUACACUUGGUGGACAGGACGUGAUGAGGUCAUGACCGAUGAGUCACAUGUACUGACUGAUGGAGGGAGAAGUCUGGAAUUGUCCUUAAGGCCGAGUGAUAACAACACAGUGUACAACUGCACAGUGAGGAACCCUGUCAGUGAGGCAUCUUCAAGUGUGGAUGUAGGAAGAUUCUGCCUAGUCACAGAAGGUGGGUCCAUUACCUUUACAAACCCCACAAUUUUUUCUUAAAAAUUAACCAUUAUUUAUUCCCUUUCUCUUCUAAUCUCAAUACACUUACAAUAGAUCAGAUCAGGUCUGAGACAGAUCUAUGAUUUUUAGGAACAUGCAUUCUGAGCAGAAUGCUCCAGACGUAUCCUUGGUGCCCUAUUCGUUCUGGCCCCUCUAUGGGUCCGUCAGAGCUUGACUGCAAAAAGUGAGAAUCACUCAAGUCCAACACCACUGAAACCACUCUGAAACUGAGAUUCAUGUUUGAGCUCAUCUCUCCUUCACCUGUCUGUGCAAUUGCAUAUCUUAUUAAACAGUCUGUCACAAAUUCUCUGAGGUAUAAUCGAGACAAUAAAGAAUCUAAAAGGACGGUGGUGGUGAGAACACUAAAUAUGUUGUGUCACAGGGCUUGGGAGUGGCCAAUAUGCCAGCAAACCUUAACAUAGUAAAGGAUCUUCUUUCCUCCCACAUUGUCAUCUAGUUUUCAUUCAUCCGUGUGU